AUGAAAGUUACAAAGAAAAGCAAAAAAGAAGACGCUGUAAGCUUCAAAAAGGACCCAGAAUCAAGCUCCAAACUGGACCUCUUAUCUCCUAGAAUGUGUUUUGAUUUUUCUACAGAAAGUGCUUUUGAAAAGGCAGCAAAACUAGACACUUUAAAAAAACAGUCGCACGGCUCUGCAGACCAAAUCCCCAACGUCAAGCUUGAGCCCUCAUUACUGGUGAUGCCCUUGUGCCAGGAGUCGGAGCAGCAAGCAAAGGGCCCUCCUUCGUACACUAAAAAAAUAUGGAAAAUUAAUCGGUUCAAGUCCGAGGAAGCUGAGAAGCAGUCGAAACUAAUACAGGACGCUCAAAACCUGGUGAUGAAGGAUUCCUCUGCAAAAACAAACAAACAUGGAUUCCGCAAGACAAACAUCAAGCCAAAGGUCAACAAGGAGGGAAACCCAAAGGAGUUCCUGUUUGUUAACUGCACCCCUACAGCCUCAUCGGAUGUUCCCGCGGAAGCUUCUGAGGACGAUAAAAAGGUUUCAGCGGGACCUGGAAGGGUGUCACGGCUAUUCCGUAGUCGCUCUCUCAAGAGAGAAGAAAAGUCCAAGGAGCAGCAGCUAGAGGCUCCAAGAAUGGUCCAACCAGACGUCCACAAAGAUGACAGGGCUGCAAAAAUGCCAUUCCUCACCACUUCGCUUCCUGUUCUUGCUGGACCAGACACAUCAAAGAAACCUUCGUUGAGAAGACUGUACACCCGCAAGCCGAAGCUGGAUCUUCGCAAAUCGGGCGAAACGUCUUCGAUUACCACUCCAUCGGAAUUUUCGCUCACUCCAAGCUCAGCCACAGCCGCCAGCUCAACAUUCACUCCAAUCACCCCGAUACUCUCCACGAGCUCAUCUGCUGUCUCGAUGGUGUCAGGGUCUACUCCUCAGCCGGAAUACUUCUUCGGUCCAGGCACCUACUCUACUCCGGCACCAAGCAACGCUGUUUUGGGCACACGCGAUCGUUCUGACUCGGGCGACUCCAUGUUCCAACAGGUUCACAACAAACAGGUGUUGGCCUCGCCAAUGGUUGUCACCCCGUAUCAGCAGGACGAUGAUGAUCUUCCUGGUGGGCAGGAGUCCGGAUACGAAGAUCUCGUGGCUGUCUCGCCAGUUAGCACCUCGAUGACGAAAAAAAUGAAGACACUCAGACGGUCCAACUCGAUUGUUUCUGUCACGUCGGCUUCUUCGCAGUCGCAGUACGCCCCAUCGUCCUUGUCCUCGUCUGGAUACUACGGGUUGGGCGUUGCGUUCUCGCCAACAAAUCCUGCCCCGGGCACCGGCUCUAAUCGCUAUGCCCUGCGUAACCGGUCUGUUAGCAACGCUGCGAUGACCACGCAGAAAAUUCCCCUGAUGAAGACACACAGUCACCAGAAUAUGAGUAUACCGUCCCGACACUACGCGGAGCCCCCUCAUUUUGGUCCAAACGUGCCACUAUUUGACCCGCAAUUCAUAAAUCAUCCUGAUAACGAUCCGUCAAGACAACAACAUAUAGACGCCCAAUUCCAACCUGUUCACGCUCCCCCACCAGACAUGGUCUACCAACAGUCCCUGUCGCUCGAGGAGCUCAAAAAACAGCACGACGAUCUCAUCCAACAACACGAAUCGACCUUCUAUUCGUUUGGGCCAAUAAAUCAAGACAUCAACAAGGGUGCAAGCACCCAAGUCCCACAGUCUUACCAAUCCGCUGCUUUUAGACCUACUCAUCGGCCUCUCACUUCUCUCUCGAAAGACAUCACACCGCCUAAACAAGAUGAUGCGGAAGAAGAGACUUUUGACCUUUAUUCAUUUCUUAACGGCAAUUUUCAUGAAAGGUGGUAG